AUGGAGCGACUGGAUGAAAGCCAGAGCGGUCAGUGUCGUCCGUGGCUGCGCUUCAGUGAUGGACAACCUCAUCACUUCCUCAGACCUCCUCACUUCCUCAGACCUCCUCACUCCCUCAGACCUCCUCACUCCCUCAGACCUCCUCACUCCCUCAGACCUCCUCACUUCCUCAGACCUCCUCACUCCCUCAGACCUCCUCAUGUCCUCAGACCUCCUCACUUCCUCAGACCUCCUCACUUCCUCAGACCUCCUCACUCCCUCAGACCUCCUCACUCCCUCAGACCUCCUCACUCCCUCAGACCUCCUCACUCCCUCAGACCUCCUCACUUCCUCAGACCUCCUCACUCCCUCAGACCUCCUCACUCCCUCAGACCUCCUCACUCCCUCAGACCUCCUCACUUCCUCAGACCUCCUCACUCCCUCAGACCUCCUCAUGUCCUCAGACCUCCUCACUUCCUCAGACCUCCUCACUUCCUCAGACCUCCUCACUCCCUCAGACCUCCUCACUCCCUCAGACCUCCUCACUCCCUCAGACCUCCUCACUCCCUCAGACCUCCUCCAUCAUCACUGUCUCUCCCCCUCAGACCUCCUCACUCCCUCAGGACUAAACACUGA